UAUGGACUGCUUUUUUUUAUGCGUGUUCAUCUUUACUAAUCACAAUAGUCAACAAAACUGUCCUCACUUCUUAUGAGUUCCCUAGUUAUCAAGUGUUAGCCAUGGGACAGAUGUUGACGACUGUGGUCGUUUUAUUUGUUGGUAAACAGUUUUAAUGUAAUUAAAUACCCAGACUUCAAUUCUAGGACCGUUGUGGAAAUCUCACCGUUACCAUUGAUAUACUUAGGAAAUAUGGUUUUUGGUCUGGGCGGAACUAAGGAACUCAGUCUGCCAAUGUUUACAAUGCUGAGAAGAUUUGCCAUAUUGAUGACAAUGAUUGCUGAAUUUUAUGUUCUUAAUAUCCGUCCAAAAUUGUCAGUUAAAAUAUCUGUCGCUCUUAUGAUAAUAGGAGCGAUGAUCGCCGCAGGAAAUGAUCUCGGCUUCAAUUUUGAAGGUUAUUGUUUUGUUUUGGCAAAUGAUUUCCUUACGGCGGCCAACUGUGUAUUUACUAAAAAGAAACUGAACACUCAGAAGGAGAUGGGAAAGUACGGAUUGAUGUUUUACUGUGCUGUGUUAAUGCUGCCUCUGUCGGUGCUUCUCAACUUUGGCAUGGGAGAACUGCAAAGGGUAUGUGAGUUUGAGUACUGGUCAGAUGCUAUGUUUAUAAUUCAGUUCCUACUCUCUUGCACAAUGGGGUUCAUUUUGAAACUACAGUGUAAUGUUGUGUACCCAGUAUAAUUCUGCACUAACAACAACUAUUAUGGGGUGCUUAAAAAACAUUCUUGUAACUUAUUUAGGAAUGUUUAUUGGUGGAGAUUAUAAAUAUAGUCUGACGAACUUU